GUCCCCUCUCGUCGCUGCGUCUCUCUCCCGCAACCUUCAAUUUUCGCUAAUUCGCAUCCAUCGGAGAGAGAGAUAAAACAAAUAAGCGACCAUGUUGGUGUACACAGAUCUUCUCACCGGUGAUGAGCUUCUGUCUGACUCUUUCCCUUACAAGGAGAUUGAGAAUGGAAUUCUUUGGGAAGUCGAAGGAAAGUGGACUACCUUGGGAGCUGUAGAUGUUAACAUUGGUGCCAAUCCAUCUGCUGAAGAAGGUGGUGAGGAUGAGGGUGUUGAUGACUCUGCUGUUAAGGUUGUUGACAUUGUCGACACCUUCAGACUUCAGGAGCAACCAACUUAUGACAAGAAGGGAUUCAUCGCUUAUAUUAAGAAAUACAUCAAGCUUUUGACACCCAAGCUCAGUGAAGAAGAUCAAGCAGUCUUCAAGAAGGGUAUUGAGGGAGCGACUAAGUUCUUGCUCCCCAGGCUCAGUGACUUCCAAUUCUUUGUUGGGGAGGGGAUGCAUGAUGACAGCACUUUGGUCUUUGCUUACUACAAGGAGGGUGCAACUAACCCAACAUUUUUGUACUUCGCACAUGGUUUGAAGGAGGUCAAGUGCUGAGGGAGAAGCUCUCGUUGGGUUACUGUGGUCUGUCGCAGCGACUCUCUAAGUUUAUGUUUUUUUAUAUCGUCUUGUGUUUCGUCGUCGUCCCCUAUUAAAAUUACCUACCAGUU